CUAGAGCUCGACACCUUCAUCAGAUGAUUCUAACAGCCCGCAGCAACCUGACCAGUCCCCCAUAUCUGCUUUGCUCUGCCUCUCGAGUGAAUGACAGAUCCUUAUCUGACUAUCCCUUACCUGCCGUCCCUCGCACCGCAGCAGGCUGCAGCACAGCCUUCCAGUCGUUCACUCCCCGCUGCUUAGUACUCUUGCGUAACUCUCCACCCCGCCUGCCAGAAUAUCCAAUUCCCCCAUGUACAGGCCCUCUCUUCACUCUACUUCCCGAAAGAUCACGCCGACAACUCUGUCCAGGGAUGAUCCACAGCACAGAGUUCUUCCAUCUUCUCGUAUGUGCUAUAUCCCAUCCAUGCGUGCCACAUGUACCCUGCCAGAGAAUCUAGCUAUAGGCGCCAUCCCUCCCUCACGACCACCAUCCAUGGUCUUAUUUCAUUCCCUAUUCUGCACAACGUCGAACCGCACCUGUACAGGGUGCGUUCCGCUCGCGUUCGACUCGAGUUGGCUGAGGAACGGCACAACCGCGCUGAACGGCUCGGUUGUUUUCGACCUUAGUCAUUGGGUGACAGCUCAACACGCAUAAUGCGCGUGGUCGUCCACCUGUUGUGCGCCGGUAUUGCAUGGGUUCAAGUUGAGGCCUGAUGUCUUGAGAGUCUAGGACAUUCACGAAGGCGUUUCCCGGUGUUGUACAAGCCAAGAAGACUCCUCUACCAGGAAGAAGUUGAAGUAUCAAACGUCUUUUCAAGUCCACUGGCACACCCCAACGUCAAGAGCCCGAGAGACGUUGCUAGACCAAUGCACCAGAACACCGGGUGAUACCGUAAAUUUGACGUCCGUCAUUUUAGGAUCCAGAAUAUCGAUACGAACAGACCCGGGAUCGAGAACUUACCAGGAAGAACCGAACGCUUGUUCAAGACAAGUCCCUUGGAUAGCAAGGACCGGGAGAUGGAGUUUGACAAUAGCG